ACUUCUACCAGCUGUUUCAGUGCAAACCUAACUGAGCCUAUAAUGAUAUAUUUGCCGAAGAUUAAACCAUGUUAACUCAAAAUAAAAUGUAAUAUGAUGUUGUUGUUGUUGUUGUUCUUCUUCUUCUUCGUCUUCUUCUUCUUAUUAUUAUUACACACACACCCAGGCCAGGAAUACCGGGUUUUCCUCUAAACCUCUAUGGCGUCUUGGCUAUAAUUACAUUAUUCCGUUUUAGCGCCGUUAUUUAAAUACGGAUUACGCAAAAGUGAAACCAAAACAGUUCUACACUUUUGGUUUCGUUUCGGAUAGCAGAUAACCCUGGCUGCAGAGUUGUAGUCUACUGCUGCGGCUGUCGGUGAUGGAGUCUGACCAUGGUGACCAUGGAUCAGGAAGUUGACCCUGAUGAAGACAGUGUGAAUUCCAUCUUGGCUCAGGAAUCCUCAGAUCUCUUCCACAUCCUUAGUAGUCAGUCACCCACAGUCAUAAUGAAGUUGUGCCAGCUGAUGCCCGGUAGUGCUGGGUUGAACCCUGGCCAUCCUGCUACCUCUUCAGCAGCAGUAACAGAACUCAUCCAAGCCAUGCUGGAUUAUUUCACUGCGGCCAGCGUUGCACAUUGUAGCGACUUUGUUCAGAGGAUGUGUAUCUUAUGUGAGAAUAUCCCCCUACACCUGGAGACAAGGCUUAUGUCAGCAGCUGCAUAUGCAUACACUAAUGUUGUACAAUCUCCAGCGGCCAAACCAGUGUCUCUGAGAAACACAGAUGACUGUGGUGUACCGGAUGAGAAGUCCUCUCCACCGCCUUCGGAACAGCAGCUCAUCAAACGUCCACGGCUUGAUCACUGGGAGCAGUACAUUGAUUCAGUGAUGAAUUUACUGCUGAAGCGGUGGGAGCGAUUGAGUAGGCACCUGGUGAGAGAGGUCCAGCUGGACAAUGUGUGGGUCAGCCAAAGAAUGUCAACCAGAGGCAGAGACAGGCCUGAUCAAACCCCAGGGUCAGCAGACAGAGGGAGCAGAACUCCAGAGCCUGAUGGGGAUUUUGGCUCUCUGGAACCUAGAGUGACAUUGGAGACCUUCCUCCAAGGAUGUGCAGGAAAGGUAACAGUUUUCGUGGGCCAGCCGGGAUCAGGAAAAACUCUGCUGAUGUCUUGUUUAGGACAGCAGUGGGCACGUGGCCUUGGCCCUAUCCCUUCAUCCUACCUGUUUAUCCUGCUAGAGUUUUGUCAGCUCAGUCUACUGUCUCACCCUCUCUCGCUGUCUGAGCUGCUGUUCCAAUACUACCUCCCUCCAAAAGGGGGUGACGACAAAAAGAAAGCCAUUGUGGAUUACCUUCGUUCCAAUCCAGAGCAAAGCUGUUGGGUGCUGGAUGGCUAUGAUGAGUUUCGCAGCAAACUCUCCAGACAAGAGGUGCAGAGAGAACUACUGGACCCAGACGCCCCUUUGCCUGUUGUACAACUCAUCUCCGGGUUGUUAAAUCGUCAGCUUCUUCCAGGAUGCACUGUGCUGGUCACCUGUCGUGCGCGUGACGUCAAAGAUUUGGAAGGCAUAUCAGACAAGGUGGGGCAGCUGCUGGGAUGGGGCUGCCUGGAGAUCAAGGAGUAUGUGGACAGCUUCUUUGGAGUAAAAGGUGACUCGGCAAACAGAGCUCUCAGGGCAGCAGAUCUCCUUCUUUCCAGUCGACACCUCCUUGCCAUGUCAUCCCUCCCUGCCCUCUGCAACAUCUGCUGCAUCUGUCUGAAGCAUCUGCUGCUAGAAGAUAAAGACAGAGGAACAAGCGUACAAUCUGGAGACAGAGAAGAAGAAAGAGAAUGUAAUACAAGAAGAAAAGCAACAGAAAAGGAAGUAAAAGGAGUACAGAUCCCUUCCACCCAUACCCAGGUUUACCUCACUGUUCUUGAAGCAUUUCUGAGCUGUGACUCUAAUAAAGGAGGAAAAAUUGAUGAGGCAAAAACCAUUAGAACUCUACAGAGCUCCACUCUGACUCAGUAUCAGUCUGAGUUGUGUGAGCUGAGUCGACUGGCCUGGAGAGGUCUGGAGGAAAGCAAGAUCCUCUUCAUGGAAGAAGACAUUUCUCCAGAUGUUUUGGAGUUUUCAGUCAGGACAGGGCUCUUCUCAGAGGUGGAGCUCCGACGUGAGGACGGGGUGCUUGUCAAGGCCUACUGCUUCAUUCAUCUGACAUUACAGGAAUUUUUGGCUGCUCUCAGAAUCAUGACCAGUAAUGAUGUUAGUGACAUGCAACUCAGGAGGAGAUUCAGUCUGAAAACUCGCUGGAUGACCAAGUCGGACCAGAGAACGGUUUUCACUGACUCACUGCACCUGUAUGUUUGUGGUUUGGCUUCCUCAUGCUGCACUCCAACCCUUGUUGAAUUUGCCAAGGCUUCUGGAGGAGGAGGUCAAAGUUGGGUCCAGAAACGACAAGCCUUCAUUCUGAAACUGCUAGGAAAUCUGUGCCACAGCAACACCCUGACUGGACCAAAGAUACUCGAGCUUUGUCACUGUGUCCAGGAGAGCCAGGACCACCGACUGGCCAAAUGUGUUGUGAGAACGAGGCCCACCCUGGAGCUGCGCAACAUCUACCUAUUACCUGAUGAUAUUGAUGCUCUGGCCUUUGUAGUUAACUCAGCUGAUGAUGUUGGUGUCGGAUUGGACUUUGGAGCAUGCUCAAUGGAGCCGGAAUGUUUAGAUAUCCUGCCCCAGUGUCAGUAUAUUCACUGCCUCAGUUUUCGCAGCCGCAAGUACGGCGACACGUUUGCUGUGAAGUUGUCUUCCAUUUUGCCUGAAUUGAGAACGCUGAGAAAAUUUGAGUUUUGUGGUACCAGUAUGACGGCAGUGGGAGCAGCUAGUUUGGCUUCUGCUCUACAGGCCUGUCCUGACAUCAUGGAAAUCAAUCUGAGCGACAACAGUUUGAAAGACGAGGGCAUCAAACACAUAGCUGAUAUCUUCACCAAACUAUCAAGGCUGGUCUCUGUGAUGCUGGGUCGAAACAACAGCUCUUUGGAAGCAGUGGUCUAUCUAGUUGGGAAAAUGUCUUCCAGUUUGAACAUCCAGCAUGUUCACGCAGAUGGGAUGAAAGAAGUCACAGUAACUUUUUUCCAAAAGUCAGAUAUGAACAGCCACCAAGCUAAGUUUGAAUCAAGAGUCAGCUUGUUGAACCAGAAAUGGAGCGAGUCUGAGAUGCAAAAACUUGCAAAGUCAUUGGCAUGUUGCCCUGCCCUGUCUGUCCUGGAUUUCUCUGGAGGCCAGUGGGAUGUGGAAACUCUGAGGACACUGAUCCAGUUUUUGCCAAAGUUCAACGUGACCCAAAUGAUCAUUUUGCAUGGCAGCUGCUCUUCAGUGGAGGGUUUGGUGGUUCUGACCGCUCUGCUCUCUGAUUGUCCAUCUGUAGUUGAGCUUCUUAUCAGACUACAAUCUAGCCCUGGUCCUAGCCAGGUGUCUAUAAGGUUCAGUGGGGGAAAAGAAAAGCCUGCAAAUGAAAUAUCUAAAACACUUUGUCUCAGCAGCUGUGGUCUGCUGCCUGCUGAUAUGAACAGAGUGUGGCGGAGUUUGGGGACCUCUUCUGAUCUCACUGUGCUGGAUUUGUCCAGUAACUGUUUAGGUGACAAAAGUCUGAAGAAAUUGUUGGCGUUCCUGCCUCGUCUUAGCAACAUCCAAAAAAUCAGUGCCAGUAACAAUGGCAUCAGCAUGGUGGGAGUGGUCAUGCUGGCUGGUGCUUUGCGCUCCCAUAACAACUUAACAGAAAUUCACAUCAGAGAGGGAGGGACAGAGCAGGUGCUCCUGAAGUUCUGCCCUGACAAAAGCGGUGACAAACAGCAGCUCAAGUUGUUCAGGCUAAACAACAGCAUCCUCCUGCCAUCUGAUAUCACCAUACUAUGUAGGAGACUGGUCCAGUGUCACUCCCCUUUGGAGUUGGAUUUGUCUCACAGCUCAUUGAAAGAUGACGCUAUUGAGAGUCUGCUUAAAGUUCUGCCAAAGAUGGCGUCACUGCGGAGACUCAAUGUCAGCCACAGCAUCAUGUCCACGACUGGGGCGUUGACAUUGGUCAGCUGUUUGACUGUCAGUCAGCGAGUCACAUCAGUGGGGCUCAGCCCUGAGUGUGAAUCCUUCAUCCAUUUUGACAGCGUGAAAGCCGAGCAAACCAGCUGCAGGUUAACUCAUUUUAACCUGACCAGUGACGACUUGGAGAGACUGCUCGAGAUCCUGCAGCAGGGUCCUCCGCUGUCUGACCUGGAUUUAUCGAGUAAUCAUCUGGGAGACAAAGGAGUGAAGCAGCUCGUGGAGUCUCUGCCAAGCCUUAAAAUCACCAGCUAUGUCAAUCUCAGCAGCAAUAGCCUGACCCAGCAGGGCCUGCUGGAUGUGGCCAGCUCACUGUGUACCUGUGAUAACAUCUCUGACGUAGAAGUCCGACUGGGAAAAGAGGAGAGGUGUCUCAUCUGGUUCACACAAUAUGGAGGUUGUGAAAAAACUCUGAGUGUCAGAGAAAGCAAUUUGGAACGUGAACAUCUGGUCAGAUUAGCAGAGAUCGUAGCUACCUGCCCCAGUCUGACCAAGCUGGAGUUCAAGAACAAUUCACUGCAGUCGGGGUGGAUUGAAGACUUUGUGAAACUCCUGAAUGGUGGUCAAAGAGGAUUGAGAGUCAGCAUUGAGGAAUGUUGGAUCACAGCUGAGGAAGCUGUUCGUUUAGUGUGUCGCUGUCUUGAGCUCAACAGCAACAUUCAGACUAUUAGGGUGGACCACACCAUGCUACACCUGGGUCUGGUGAUGUCUACUGAACUGACUUCAGUCAGUGCUGACUCUGCAGAACCAGCCCCAUCAGUGGCCACAGAGAAAAUAGGCCUUGUGGGCUGUGCGCUACAGGGGUACCAGCUUGCACCUAUGAGGAGCAUCAUCCAGAGGUGUCCCCUGCUGAAAGAGCUGGAUUUUUCCCAGAACAGCCUGGGUGUAGAGGGAGCUGAGUUUUUCUGUUCUGUUUUGCCCUGGCUGCCAAAUCUUACUUCUCUCAGUAUUGCUUCCAAAGAGACUUGUGCCGCUGUGGAUGAGAAGCUGUCAGAGGCCUUGCUGCAGGCUACAUCCAUUCAGAGCUUAAAUCUGUCAGGUCAUGUGAUUAGUGACACAGUAGUUCAGAUUAUGACCAGAUUGUUUCCCCGUCUACGAUCACUCAAUCUGUCUCAUAGUGAAUGGUCACCGGUUGGAGGGCUGCAGCUUGUCCAAGCACUGGGGCAGUGCGUCAGUCUGGAAGGUCUUUGUCUAGACUCUGUGCAUCUGGAUGAAGACAAGAGAGUGUGUCUGGCACAAGCACUAAGGAAUAUCAGCUGCAUUCGCAGUCUCAAGUUGAAUGAGACUGUCACACUGAUGGGGACAUCAGACGUUGACAGCAUGCUGGACCUGCUGGCUGCUAUGGAAGGACUCACACAAAUGGAGGAGUUGGAGUUGGAGGGCUGGAGGAUGGCAGAUAGAGGAGUACAGCAGCUGACCAGACUCCUUUCUACCUGGAAAGAACUCAGGAAGAUCAGUCUCUCAAAGAACAAUGUCAGCGACCAAUCAGGAAAGCAGCUACUGGAGGCUUUGACUGACUGUAGGCACCUAGAGGAGCUACAUCUUUCCAGAAACUGUCUUGGUGAUCUCACUGCUGCCAGCAUGGCCCUUGUUCUACCAUUGCUGACACACAUCACUGUGUUGGAUAUUUCAGAGAACAGGAUUGGAUAUGAAGGCUCAGCAAGUCUGUCCAAAGCAAUAAUGUGCAUGAUGAAUCUCACCAAGAUUAAUUUGACCUCUGUUGGCACUGCAGAGCUCUGUGUUGUAGCUGCCAGUCUGGCUCACUGCCCCCUCAUACAGGAUGUGAGUAUGGGAUGGAAUAACUGUCGUGAUAAUGUUGCUGUGGAGUUGGCCAAAACUUUGCCUUUGUGUACUAAGCUGACCAGAAUAGAUCUGGAGUCCAACAGUAUAAUGGUCUUUGGAGCGGAGGCCCUGGUUAAAGCAUUGCAGUCAUGUCCGGCUCUUCAGCUCAUUAGGCUGUGGAGAAACAAAAUCUCUUUGAGUGAAGCCCAGAGGCUCAUGGACAGGGAUGGGAGACUGAAUUUCUCAUCCACCUAAUACAGUAUGUUGCUGCACAGUGGCUUCCAGAAGUAGAAUUCCACAUCAUGACUGUCUGCAAAGGCGAAUCACUGCUGUAGUAUUGCUUUUGCCAUAAAUGGAAUUCAAAUUUGUCUUCACUGCUGAGCAGUUGUUAGAAGGCAUGACCAAUGAAAAUGCCAAAAAUAGAUCUCCAUGUCAUUGUGUGUAAAAACCUGUGAUCAGUCAGGUAUCUGGGGUGGAGCAGCUGGGGUGUCUAAUAAUCAAACCACUGUGGUCUAUGACAUACAGGGCUCCUGCCAGCGUAGCUUUAAACAUUCUUUAUGCAGUUUUCCUUAGGCACAAGUCUGCAUUUCUUGUGCAUUGGUGUGUUUGGUAUUUUCCCACCAUGAAUGAAUGUGCUUAUGUUGAAGUGGGAGUAGAAGCUGAGGCUGUAUUUAUGCUGACUAGGCAGUGCGGGGCAGUUUUGUACUCAUUUCAAUUUAAUAUCACAUUUGUGUUAAAACUGGCUCAGACUUUUCAUAACAGUUUAGUACAGGGGUGUUGUGCGAAGGCACUGCAGUGUUUCCUACAGAACUUGUGGCGGUAAAUUAAAUACAGUAACACUGCAUAUCUGUAGCUUCUGCACUAGCUGGUUCUCUCAUGACAGCAUGUUGCCUGUCUCCCUUUCUCUUGCUGCUUCAGUCUAAUCUAGGGAAUUUUUUUUUUCAAUAUUCCUCUGGACUGAGGCAAACAUUCAGCAUCAGAGUUCAAGAAUUAGCAUUACCAUUGUCCACUUGAAGAGCAGUAAACAGCUACAAUAUACAGCAUGCUGACCUCGGCAUCAGCUGUAAGUUAUUUUAACAUUAGCUUAGUUAGCAUUACUAGCUUGCUAUAUAAAGGGGAAAAAGGGGGGAAAUCUUACUUCACUCUCAUAUGUGGUCAAAGUCAGGUUUCUUGUGUUUUUAAAAGAAAUGAAAGAAGCUGGCUUGAUUGGCCAUCACUAAAGCCUGUCCUGACUCAGCUACUCAUGAUGCAUUCCUUCCACUAAUAAUGUAUUCCGCUUCUCUUCCAUGUGGUGCCUGGUUGCAGCUAAUGUCCAUGGCCACCAAAAUUACAACAACAAAAAAAAUGUUGGAUACACCCAUGUGCUUUAGCCUGCAGUAUACAAUUGCAUUUCCCUCAGCACCCUAUUUCAGCAGAAUAGAGCCCAUUGUGUAUUUUUAAGAGUUGUCUUCCCAUCCUGGCAUGUAUUAGUUUUUAAAUAUUACAAGCUGCUCUGGGGAACACUGUAUUGAAGUAUGGUUAAAAUGUAUUUAAAGUGUUUGUGAAAAUGUAUCUAUUUCUGAGACCAUUUAAAUGUAUCUGUGCACUUUUUGGCCUCUAGCUUCACAUUGGUAAUGUGGCACGAUUAGCUGACAGUGUCAUGUGUUCCUUCAUUCUAGCAUCAACACAAUUUCCCUUUAUUUGAUAGUCCACAAUGGGUGUCAUCAUGAUGUGGGUGUUUUAUGAGAACUACAUCUGAGUGCUUCUAACUAGUGUGUGUGUGUGUGUGUGUGUGUGUGUGUGUGUGUGUGUGUGUGAAGACCUCAUUUUUGUAACAUGAAUAAUUAAUGCAGUCCAAAUAAAGUUAGCAAAGGAGGCUAAGGUGUGUUUGGGCUAACUGUGAAGUAAUUCACACAUGGAAAGGCUUUUUAAAUAAGAUAUUUAAGAAACAACAUUUUGAGGUUUUAGGAGACAGGUUUUCUUAUUUUUAAGAUAAUGGACCAAAUGUCCUGUCCAGGAGCUGCUGGUUAACAGACCUUACUGCUGAAUUUAAAUUUUACAGGUGGUACUGGGGUAGAGGAACAACUUGUACUGUAGCUCUUUAGUGUCAAUCAUACCCUUCCAGUUUCACUAAUGCUGGCUUGCAAGCAGUGUUCCUGCUCUUUCUGCCAACCCAAACCACAGUGAAGCUAGAGGUCAUGAUGUAAAGGAGUCCUUGAUUUACACGUUUUCUCGUGAGAAGCUAUUAUAUGUAUAUACAUGCAACUUCGAAACAUUGGGUUCCUUUGAACUUGAAUGAUAUUUAACAAUAUUUAGAGGCCACAUUGGUGAAAACACAACAAUCCAUGAACUCACAGUGAAGGCAGUGCUCAGAGGGAGGAGACCCAUCUGUUAUCUGCUCUUAUGGUCAUUUUAGGUUGUGGCCUCUGUCCAAUUUGCGUAUUUAUUUCUGACAAUAUUAUGAAAAUGAUUGAGUUGUCAUUUAAACUAAUUCAAAUUGAGUUUGUUUUAUUUUUGAAUGAAAGGGAGAUACCACUCAGAUGGGGUCUCUCGAAACUAGCACACUUUGUUUCCUUUCACAUUAUUCUAUGCGGUGUUGUGUAGUUUUAGUAUGAAACUAAAUUAAGUGGUGAUGUCUGCAGAGACAGACUGAGGUACCCUAAACUAUUUUAUCUGUUUAAAAUGAAUUUUGUCUUCAGGGUUUAUGUUCAAGUGUCGUCAAUUUUGUUACUUAUUUAUCUACUUUAUUUCUUUUGUUAUUUUUUGGCAUUCAUGUGGAUGACAAAGUAAGAUGUUUCCUGACUGUGCAUAUGACAAAUAAACACUUUGACCUUUGAAGUUGA